AAAUAUAUUGUUAGUUCACAUUGAAGGAGAAUUUGUUGAUUUGUCGUCAGCUUGUCUAAGUAUAUUUUGCCUUGGAAACAAUGACACUAGUAGGAUGAUCGCCCAUAUAGCUAUAAUGUAUACGUGUAUCGAGGUUUGAUGAUAACAUAACAAACUGUACCUGUUUUUAUAAUCUUUACAAGUGUCCUGUGGCAUGGUGGGAUCAAAUUCCUGUUGACAUAGGUUAGGUAAUACGGUACAAAUAUAGAUCAGCGAUAGCAUGCUGAGCUGCCAGUACCAAACCCAAUUAAAACUAAUAGUUGUGUAUAGACCGGAUAGACAUUACAAAUUUAAAAAUGGCGACAAUUACAUCAAAUAGCCUGGAAUCAGACCAAACAAAACUAUACGUUUGUAAGACAUGUACGGAGUUGAUAUGUGACAAAUGUUUAACGACAUCUGAGCAUGAUGAUCAUAGUGUGAUCGACCUGGAUGACGCUGGUGUCGAAAAGAUGGUGGAAAUAACGGAUAGCGGUGUUUUACAGGAACUAAGGGCCACUGUUAAACGUCAGGUAACAGGUAAUGAGGCACUGCACAGCGAGUUGGCGGACCGGAUACACAGUACCGGAAGUUUGCUGAAACUUGAGAUUGAUAAACAGGUGAAAACUCUCCUAGUAAAAUGUAAACAGUUUAAAAACUUAAACAGGGACAGACUUGCUGCGUUUGAAACCAACCUUAUAUCACUGAACGAAAAACACCAGCAUCUUACUGAAGAAAAUAGUGACGUCAUUAAUUCUGAUGACAACGAGAAUACCUACAAUAGAGACACCUCUAUGUCGGUAGUGGACUUACCUAUUCGCCCUCCUAGGCUGAUCCUCGUUAAGUACCAAGAACCUAGCAUGAUUGACCACUUGGUAUCUAAAGCACUUGGUGACCUUUCCUUCCAGGACGACAUCAGAGAAGAAUGUCAAUCGUCCAACACACACUUCUAACGUUCAGAGGGAUGCUUACACCUAUUAAUCAGCCGUUAGUAAGGAUGUGACCUCGUCCAACCUUCCUGCUGUCUCGACCAAUGAUUAACGAGGUACAAUCGGCGACGUCUAUGUCACAUCAUAUAAACUGUUUCACAUUGCCUUCAGUUUGAUUCCUGAUAGCCUUUGCGUAGGCUUACCAUGGUGUGGUCACUGAUGGCUCACCUUCCAUUUCAUUACCUCCUCUGCUGUUGUGUGAGAACGGGAAGUGUGAUGCUUUACAACACUACAUGUAUAUUUACAUUUGCUCUGCAACCCAUUAUAUGAACAUUACCAGCAGAAAUGCAUAUCAUUCGAGUAUGAAAGCAGAAAUCCCCAUAUAUCCUUUUUUGAUAUGGUGGUGUUGUCACCUUUAGAUGUUGGCAGUUUCUGACUUGUACCUAAAUCAACAUUACGUGGGACAAUCAAAUGGCCCAAAAUGUUGUACCAGCCUGUCAGACACCUGUCACACAUAUGCAGUGCGCAAUCAGAAGAUACUAUGAAUGAAUAAACAUGUUAAACAAUCAAAGUUUGUUCAUAGCUUUUUAGUUUAGCUCAGGUGACCUAUUGCUAUCCGUCUUCGACCGUCGUGCGUCGUCCGUUAACAUUUUACAUUUU